UUAUGUGAAUCAAAUUCACAAUACAAAUUCUAAACGCCAAAUACUUUACUUGACCCAUGUGGUAUCCUCACUUUUACCAUUUUAGAAAUUUGAACUUCCAUGGCCCCAUUUGCAUAUGGUGUCCUCUCACUUUACUGAUUUGAAAUUUGAACUUCCCAUUGUAAAAUCAAAAGAAGGAAACUUGGAAGUGGAGAUACAAUGGCGGCGGUGAAACCAUUGCUGAUUUUGAUGACGAUCAUGGCGAUCGCUGCUACUGCAAAUGGCAGUAGCAACACCAACAGGGUUUAUCGACCCUGCUCUGACGCCAAGAUUCAGAGAUGGGACGGCUUCACCUUCGGCAUAGCAUUCGCCUCCAGGUCCUCCUUCUACUCCGACCAAGCCCAAACCCAAUCCCACCAGCUCUCCCCCUGCGACCGCCGCCUUGGCCUCGCCUCCGCUCACUCCCAGCUCGCUGUCUUCCGCCCCAAGGUCGACGAGAUCUCCCUCCUCACCAUCAACACCUCCAACUUCUUCCCUGAUUCUUAUGGUGGAUAUAUGGUGGCUUUUGCGGGCCAGAAAUAUGCUGCAAGGUCCCAACCUUCUUUUGUUGCAAACAGUACAUACAUUGUAACCAGCUUCACUCUGGUACUUGAGUUCCAAAAGGGCAGGCUUCAAAAUUUGUAUUGGAAGAGAGAUGGAUGUGCUUCUUGCUCCGGAAAUUCUAAUUUUGUCUGCCUCAAUAAGCAGGACUGUGCCAUUAGAACAUCAAGCUGUAAAAACAGAGGGGGUUUGGUUGACUGCAGUCUCGGUAUACAGCUAGCUUUCUCUGGCACUGACAAACAUGAUGUUGUGCUUAACUCGUGGUAUGAAGUCGAAAACCUACGGCAGUAUUCCCUCUAUGGUCUGUAUUCAAAUCUAAAGGAUUCUCUUACCAGCCAGUAUAAUAAGUUUUUCUAGUUCUUCAGCCUCUUGUUUGUGUUUGUGAUAAUAUGUAAAUCUGUGCACACCACAGGAUUGUUUUGAUUGUCAAAACAGUCGUUGAUUGCUCAAGAAAAAAAAAAGUAUGGGCCUUAGAGAUGAAGUUGAGCAGGACUGCUUGUGGUCCUUAUAGCAAAUGGCAACUGUAUUGCUUGCUGUUGAGCAUUAGAAAUCAUGUCUUUUCGUUUAGUAAAAAGUCGGUGGACAUAACAGUUUGCUUAUUUGCAUAGAGAAUGAAGUAAAUAGAAGAAGAUACCAGCUGCUUUGGUUGGUCUCGUUUGUAUUGCAGAAGGUUUGAAGGCUUUGAAUAAUAGAAUUUUGUAUUGCUUGCUGAGAA